CUGGGAAAGAGAGAAGGGGGUAGACCUGGGGGGGAGGAAGAGGAAGCGGACGCCAAGGGAGCCGGGCUUGGGCUAUUCUUCCCGAGCAGAGCCAUCUCUUAAGUUUGCAUGCUCGGCUCGGAGCUUUGGCUGCCUUAAAAGCCCCGGCGGAGGGGUUCUUGGCUCCCCUUCUUCCUCCCAAGCUGAUAUUUGCACAUUUUUCUUUUCCUGCGGGGGUGCGGGUUGCAGAGGACCAAAAGUAUGCCCCGGAAGAGUAUCUUGGAGGUGAAGGUGCUGGACGUGCAGAAGAGGCGAAUUCCCAAUAAACACUAUGUUUACAUUAUCAAGGUCAUUUGGUCCAAUGGCUCUACAGAGGUCAUUUAUCGCCGGUAUAGCAAGUUCUUCGACCUACAGAUGCAAAUGUUGGACAAAUUUCCAAUGGAAGGAGGUCAGAAGGACCCCAAACAAAGGAUCAUCCCCUUUCUGCCAGGCAAGAUCCUGUUUCGCCGAAGUCACAUCCGUGAUGUUGCUAUCAAGCGCCUUAUUCCAAUUGAUGAGUACUGUAAGGCUCUGAUCCAGAUGCCCCCGUACAUCUCACAGUGUGAUGAGGUUCUUCAGUUCUUUGAAACAAGACCAGAAGACUUAAAUCCCCCCAAAGAGGAACCAGUUGGGAAGAGGAGACCUGGUGGAGAUUUGGCAUCAGCAGAUCCCAUGGUCCUGGAGCAGUAUGUGGUGGUGGCAGAUUACCAAAAGCAAGAAAGUUCUGAAAUCAGCUUAUGUGCAGGCCAAGUGGUGGAUAUAAUUGAGAAGAAUGAAUCUGGCUGGUGGUUUGUGAGCACACUGGAUGAGCAAGGCUGGGUCCCAGCCACGUGCCUUGAAGCUCAGGAUGGAGUCCAAGAUGAAUUCUCAAUACAGCCUGAAGAAGAGGAGAAAUAUAUAGUCAUUUACCCUUACGCUGCACGGGAUCAAGAUGAGAUGAACCUGGACAAAGGCACAGUGGUGGAAGUGAUCCAGAAAAACCUGGAGGGAUGGUGGAAGAUCAGGUAUCAGGGUCAAGAGGGCUGGGCGCCAGCAUCAUACCUGAAAAAGGGGAGUGGGGACACAUUUACACAAAAGCUGGGAUCUGCAGCUUCUGCCCACUCUUACACGCUGGACCUGGAUGGAAUUUCUCGGCAGCAAAACCCAGCAGGCCGAGACAAGGAUGGAUGCAACAACCAAAGGGAAGGAAGGUUUGAUGGCCGCCCAUUGCCAAACGUGGAACUCAGGCGAAAGUCACCAAAGAUGAGGCAGCGACCACCUCCUCGUCGAGAUCUCACAAUACCACGUGGCCUCCACCUGCCAAAGCCUCCUGUGCCACCACAGGUAGAAGAAGAAUAUUACACCAUUGCUGACUUCCAAACCACUAUCCCCGAUGGCAUCAGCUUUCAAGCAGGACUGAAAGUGGAGGUGAUUGAGAAGAACUUGAGUGGUUGGUGGUACAUUCAAAUUGAGGAGAAAGAAGGUUGGGCACCAGCGACUUUUAUUGAUAAAUACAAGAAAACCAGUAAUGCAUCCAGGCCUAACUUCUUGGCACCACUACCCAAUGAGAUGGCGCAGCUCCAUCUUGGCCACAGUCCAGCAGAAGGCAGCUUCAAUGGAGAAGCCUCUGGGCCAUGCCGGCCUCUGCCUGAUGCACCACCUAACGGCGCAGAUCAGGUUGGGAAGUGGAAAGGGAAGGAGGCCCCCAGGAGCCCCAUGCCUGAGAACAGCGAUGCAUCUCUGUUUGUUGGAUAUGAGGAGAUCUCUGACCAGGAUUCAGAGGAGAAACCGAGCCUUCCGCCUCGGAAGGAAUCGAUUAUUAAAUCAGAAGAGGAGUUAAUGGAAAGGCAGCGGCUAGAACAGAGGCCACCCCCAAAGCCUCCUGGCACGAUUUUGCCAGUGAUUCCUCCCAAGCAAAUGGUGCCUCCAAGGGACAGCAGGAAACCAGAACUCAAAACAGAGAAAGGGAAAUUGUUUCAGUUGAAAAACGAAAUGGGAUUAGAGUGUAGGCACAAGGUGUCACCCAAAGAAGUCAAGAAACCAAAUCUCCGUCCCAUAAUCAAGCCAACCAAGCCGAAAAUUGAACCACCCAUGGAGGAUAAGCCUGAGCUGAUUUCCCAAAACCCCUUAUUGAAAUCAAAGCCUCAGAUCAGACCCAAGCCAACAGCAGCCCCUAGAAUAGAGCCCCCGGGGACACAGGCAGAUGAUAAACUGGACAUUUGCAAUCUGAGGAGCAAACUCAGGCCUGCAAAGAUGCAACAGAAGCCUUCUGAACAGGACUCUGUGGCAGAGGAGAACGCCUUGAGUGACAGUGUGCUGCCAGCAGAACUUUCUGUCCGAUCUCAGGAAAAACCAAAUGCAGAGAUGAGACCUCCUCCCAGACCAGAUAGCCAGAUCUUUAAGGAAGCUGCUCUGCCCAAAGCUCCUGUUGCCUCUUCAAAGCCAGGUGAGAGCGAGCCCAAGAGUAGCUUUCCAGCUCCCAGGGAACCACCUCAACGGCCCGUCGUACCACCUAGGAGGCCACCACCACCCAAGAAAGCAUCCUCUGCAUCUCCAUAUGUUCCUUCUCCAGAGCACAAAGCCCCACAGAGGGAAGUGCCUGAAGUCAGACCAGCCCCACUGCCUGGGCGUCCAGUGCUGGUGCCACCAAAAGCCAAAGGUUUCCUGCCAGCUGCGAGCCAAGAUGAUGCCAAAGCAAGAAGUAGCUUAGGCCAAAAGCCAGUCUCCAAACUGGUGGAGAGAGAGACCAAGGAGAGAGUGUCUCUCCCCAUCACCAGUUCAGAUGUCUCCAAAGAAGCCCUCUAUGUGGCCGUGGCCGAUUUUGAUGGAGAUGAAGAAACCAGCAGCUUUAAAGAAGGGACCUUAUUUGAAGUUCGGGAGAAGAACAGCAGUGGCUGGUGGUUUUGCAAAGUCCUUACUGGAGGGUCAUGUUGGGAAGGCUGGAUUCCUUCCAAUUAUCUCAUUAAAAAGCCUUAGCCACUCCUCCCUCAUCUUCAGUUUAUGCAGCUCAACAUCCCCCACUUUGUUACUAAAAUAUUUAAGUAGCUUGUUAAUUUAUAGGGUUUUCCCCAUAAGGCUGGCUUUUUAAAGAAAAAAAAGUAUCUGUGAUACCAUACAUUCCAACAUGUGUCUUUUCCAAGUCAGGCCAGCAAGAGAAACAGGGCUUGAUAUAAUAGAGGUCAGCUUUUCACAGAUCAUUUCCUGUGCACCUUUUGAUACGUAAGCCCCUGUCCUCUCCCCUGCAUGGUUUAGGACAUCUUGUUUUUCAUAAGACUGGCUUUUUUAAUUCUCUACAAACUCUUGAGCAAAUAAUGUCAAAUAAAUUGGAGACCGCGAAAUGUAUACAUAAUUAGUGCUCAAGAACCUGUUUUCAGGUAGUCUGGAGGAAAAUCUAUUUCAAGCUUAGUAAAGAAUUCUUUAACUAAAGACUUAGAGCCAACCUUACUAGACAAGGAAGGGAAUAGUGAACAGGAAAGGCCAUUGGUUGACUCUAUUUCCUCGUUAAAUGUCAAGUGCCAUAACUAUUAAUGAGAGCUGAGGGACUUCAUAGCAAAAAGAAUAAGUAAUCCGUUUGAUUGUACACUAUAUAGCUAUGUGCAAAGGCAUAUCCACAUAGGGGAGAAAGUCUUUUUAGCCUCAAGUUUGUGCCUUUUAUUCCUUAUUUGGUAAAUAAGAAUUGCUGUUCUUGAGGGGCAGCUGGUAUUAUAUGAUGCUUUUUUUGAAGCCAUGUGCUAUUGGACUUGAAUGCGCUUUCUCUGCUGCGCACAUCACAAUGUGGGCUUGGGCUUCUGAAUACUGCAGCCACAUUUCAGUAAAAAAAAGGGGGAGUUAUCUACACUGCUUAACCCAAAGGAUCUGAAGGACUCCAGACACCGGGGCCAGGAGAUGGUUGGCAGAACAUGGUGCCUCUCCUUCAAGCCUAGAUUGCACUGCUCUUUCCUUACUGCUCCUGCAAGUCAGCCCCUUGCUUGGUUCAGUCCUCCAGGCUGAGUAGGUGACAGAUGCCAAGACGGUUGCCUUCCAGUGGGUGCUAGUAACUUCUUUUCAACCUGGAAGUAGCAACCAGAUGUCAUGGGGAGGACCAUUUUCCUGCAUCUCUACCUAUUCUCUCUCUUCCGUAUCCUUUUUCCUGGAUGAGCCUUUUCUAGAAGCAUGUUUCUCACUUUUUUGUGUGUGUUGGUUGUAGAACAACAACAAAAAGUAAAGCAUGGAGUUGAUGGGAGCCAACGCCAGCAGUGUUCACUGAAACAUGCGGCCAGCCUAAAAAAAAAAUACUUCUCAGAGUGGUGCAGACUAUACUUACCCCCCCCCCCCAGUCAAAAAUGGAUCUUGUUCUUUUAGUCAUGGAUCAUAAGUCAUGUCUACACUACUGUGAAAUUGGUUCUGUAUUAAGCAGAGAUGGGUGCUGUAGCACUUUGUGCUGAGGGUCACUUCACAUGAUAUUUCUGUAGUUUAGAAUGCUAACUAAAUGCCACAUGUGUGCCUCUGGCAUCAGGUAUAGAAAUGUGUUCACUUGCUUGGUGUUUGAUGUUUUAAAUGCACUGGAGAGAUGUGAUGAUUUUUUUCCUGAUCAUUGCUUGUAUUUAAAGGGCAAACCCAACAAUGUGUGUUUAUGUGUAAUGCAUACAUACAUGUUUUCAGCCUUUGAAGUCUGAAAGCACCAGAUGAGCACACUUCCGGCCUGCAGUACUAGAUGGUUUUGAGUGGAUGGUGUUUUGAACUAAAAUAGUUAAAGGACCAAAUCUAGACAGAUUCACUGUGGUUCUAUAACUGAGUUCAGAAUACAUGAAAAGUUUACGUAAAAUUUGUGUUGGUCCUAGAACAGGUGAAAAUCCUGAAAAAGACUGGCUUUAAAUCCCAGAUCUCAGUAAUUCAGAUUUGUGAAUUGUUGUCUAGUUGUCCUCCCCCAGCCCCCCCCCCCGCCCCCAGUCUGAAUCCAUUAAUUAUUAAAAUAUGUAAGUAUUGCUUUUGUCUCAAUCCACCUCCCAAUUUUGCCUUUGGAAAUCAGUACUUGAAGUCUUGUCUGCAUUUUUCCUAAAGACAUGCUAUUUUGGCCACCAUUACCUAGUACUAGCGUGUUUGUUCAUCAGUCAGAUAUAAACUUGUUCUUUAUAUUGUUAAUGAAUAGGAUCUGUUAUGGUGGUUUCUAUGCCCAAGAAGUAUACUUCUCAUGACUAUCUCUCCCCACCACAACCUUCACCUGUUUACUGAUUCUUCUCCCCCCCCCCUUUUGCUGUUGAGUUACUGUUGACUUAUAGCAACCCCAUGAGGUCUUCAAGGCAAGAGGCACUCAGAGGUGGUUUACCUUUGCCUGCCUCUGCAUAGAGACCCUGGUAUUUCUUGGGGGUCUCCCUCCAAAUACUAACCUGGGCCAACCCUGCUUAGCUUUCGGAGACCCAACAAGAUUGGACUACCCUGGGCUGUCCAGGUCAGAGCUUAUUGAUACUACAGUAGCAAUGAUUGAAUUACCUGCUUUUGAGCGGUUCUAAUUCAGUAUGUAACCAUCCAGUACUACUUCUCUUGCAAUCCUAGUUGAUCUAUAUGUUACAGCAAUAUAAUUUAAAAAUAGAAAUGACCAGCUCAAGACUCUGUCACUUUCUAUUUGUGCACCGAGUCCCUAAUAUGCACGCUGCUUCCUUUUUCUGAGUAUGAAGGAGAUCCCCCUGUUGAAAAAGUGAUGGCUUCUGUUGUCACUUAAUAACAGACUUAAUGUCUUGGACUUUUUUUGUUCUCUUGGCUGCUAAAGCACGGCAUUGACACAUCUGUGGCUCCAUUUAUUGUUGUGUAAAACACAGACAACAAGAUAGCCUACUUUGCUGGGUACGAGAAGACUUUGCUGGGGUACGAGAAGACAGUGAGAAAGGCUACUUUGCUGGGGUACAAGAAGCCAACAGUCACCUCAUACAUUAUUAUCCUGUAUCGAAAGGCAAAACAUUAACAGCCUAUUACCCCACAAGAAAUCUGUUACACAUUUAUGUUCCUUUUACCACAUACUAGCCUGACUGUUGUUUAAUGAAGAAAUAAAGGAUGUUGAGCCGCCUCUUACUGACCAAAUCAGAUUUAUGGUCCUUUAAUUUGGGUGUUGUGGGCCUGAGAAAGGCUACCCAAAUGGCCUUACAUUUUCAUCUGCAAUCUUUAGAAUCCUGUUUUAAUGCCUAAUAUGUAAUCAGUCUUUACAUUUCUGUGGGUGGGACUUUAUUCCUUGAGGACGAUAGAUGUAGCCUGUGUAAAAAUCAUGUAUACUUCUAGCAUUAAAGUUUUUUUUAAGGUAAAGAAAUAAAAAAGGCUUGACUGGUUUCAAGCAGAAUCGC